AUGGAUCAACUGCAUCUAGGGGAAUCAGUUGCUGCAGUUCUCCGUAACAGAUCUCUUGUGGAAGAGGAAGACCAACACAUGAAAUUGUCCCUUGGAAGCAGCGAAAUGGGCCUCUCAUCCCAUUUGCAGUCUUCCAAGGCAGGAGCAACUCGCAUCUUUACCAGCAAUACCCACAGUUCUGUGGUGUUACAGGGCUUUGACCAGCUUCGACAUGAUGGCUUGCUUUGUGAUGUGUCCCUGAUGCCAGGUGAUACGGAUGAUGCCUUCCCUGUGCAUAGAGUCAUGAUGGCCUCUGCCAGUGAUUAUUUCAAGGCUAUGUUCACAGGUGGAAUGAAAGAACAAGAUUUAAUGUGCAUUAAGCUUCAUGGCGUGAGCAAAGUUGGUUUAAGGAAAAUUAUUGAUUUCAUUUAUACUGCAAAACUUUCUCUUAAUAUGGACAACCUUCAAGAUACACUGGAAGCUGCCAGUUUUCUACAGAUUCUGCCGGUUUUGGACUUCUGCAAAGUGUUUCUCAUAUCUGGGGUCACUUUAGACAAUUGUGUUGAAGUUGGGCGGAUUGCCAACACCUACAAUCUGACAGAAGUGGAUAAAUACGUUAACAGUUUCGUCCUGAAGAAUUUUCCUGCAUUGCUGAGCACUGGGGAGUUCUUGAAACUCCCCUUUGAGCGUCUUGCCUUCGUGCUUUCCAGUAAUAGCCUUAAGCAUUGCACUGAACUUGAGCUCUUUAAGGCUACCUGUCGCUGGUUACGAUUGGAAGAGCCUCGGAUGGACUUUGCUGCAAAAUUAAUGAAGAAUAUACGAUUCCCACUGAUGACACCACAAGAGCUGAUUAAUUAUGUGCAAACCGUGGAUUUCAUGAGAACUGACAAUACUUGUGUGAAUCUCCUUUUGGAAGCCAGCAAUUACCAAAUGAUGCCAUACAUGCAGCCAGUUAUGCAGUCAGACAGGACUGCCAUUCGAUCUGACACCACUCAUUUGGUUACACUAGGAGGAGUGCUGAGGCAGCAGCUGGUUGUCAGCAAGGAAUUGCGCAUGUAUGAUGAAAAGUCCCAUGAAUGGAAAUCAUUAGCCCCUAUGGAUGCCCCAAGGUACCAGCAUGGCAUUGCCGUCAUUGGAAAUUUCCUCUAUGUCGUUGGAGGACAGAGUAAUUAUGACACAAAAGGAAAAACCGCUGUCGAUACAGUCUUCAGAUUUGAUCCUCGAUACAAUAAAUGGAUGCAAGUCGCAUCUUUAAAUGAGAAGCGCACCUUUUUUCACCUAAGUGCUCUCAAAGGAUAUCUGUAUGCAGUUGGUGGUCGAAAUGCAGCUGGUGAACUUCCUACAGUAGAAUGUUAUAAUCCAAGAACAAAUGAAUGGACGUACGUUGCCAAAAUGAGUGAGCCCCACUAUGGCCAUGCUGGAACUGUGUAUGGAGGCGUAAUGUAUAUUUCAGGAGGAAUUACUCAUGACACUUUCCAAAAGGAGCUCAUGUGCUUUGACCCUGAUACCGACAAAUGGAUUCAGAAGGCACCAAUGACCACCGUCAGAGGUCUGCAUUGCAUGUGUACAGUGGGAGAAAGGCUCUAUGUUAUUGGUGGCAAUCACUUCAGAGGAACAAGUGAUUAUGAUGAUGUCCUAAGCUGUGAAUACUACUCACCUAUUCUUGACCAGUGGACCCCAAUUGCUGCCAUGUUAAGAGGGCAGAGUGAUGUUGGGGUCGCUGUCUUUGAAAAUAAAAUCUAUGUGGUUGGUGGGUAUUCCUGGAAUAAUCGUUGUAUGGUAGAGAUAGUGCAGAAAUAUGAUCCAGAUAAAGAUGAGUGGCAUAAGGUUUUUGAUCUCCCAGAGUCCCUUGGUGGCAUCCGAGCUUGCACACUCACGGUUUUUCCACCUGAAGAAACCACACCAUCACCUUCUAGAGAGUCCCCUCUUUCUGCACCUUAA